CGAAGGCUGGAGAUACAGGGGCGGCGUCCCGGGGAGGGGUUAACUCAGGGUCAGGAAUGCAGCCCCUGGGACCUGGGGCUCCCCUUCCCCCGCAACCAGAUCCACAGCCCAGGAGGAUUCCCUCAGUCCUCUCUCAGCUUUACCCCUCGUUGAUCACAAGUCCAGGAUUUUCUCUCAACUAUUUAAACUAGCAUGUACUUCUGUCCGUCCAUUCUGCGGCGACUCUACUGCGGGCCACCGUCCUGUCUUCCCAGGACGACUCCAGGAGCCGUUUGCUGCUUCCCGUCUCGGCAGAGGACCCUUCCAGGCCCGACUUCGCGAAGAUCUUUCCGCAGUGCCUUUCUAAUCGUGCCCCUGUGCUUUCAACGUUACAGUCGCUUGCCACUAAAAGCUUGCAAGGACCUUCCCCGUCUCGUCUUUACCUACCUUGCCUGAUGUCUCACCUCUCUCUAGCAUCUGUCCUGGCGACGUUCAGCUCUUUUCCUUUUCCUUAAUGCUGUUCCCUGGGAUACUCUCUUUCUCCUUCAUUCUCCCUUUAGUAGGCAUUAUUCAGAUAAAGGUUCAGAGUCACUUCCUACAGGAGACGCUUCCUGACCCCUCAACUAAGUCCUGACCCCUCAACUGCUGUUCUGAAGACAGGAGGCAUUAAGGUUGACCUUGCUCUCCCUCCAGGGCACUUAACUGGUGUUCAGAAUGGCCGCAGCUCCGCAGGCACCAGCGAGGGGCUCUGUUCGGAAGACGAGACCUUUAACGGUAAAGACAUCGUUGAACAAUCCGUACACUCUCUGCUGGAGCCCUCUGGAGAGAGAGGAUAUGCUCUUCAUAUUACAGACACUCGAAGACAGAUUUCGGUCUGUUGGACUGCAGAAGAUCGAGGAUAAGAAGAGAAAGAAAAAGCAGCCUUUUUUAAAAAAACAAAGCAGAGACAAAUGUAGCAUAGAUGUUGAUAUCAAUGAGGAGAAGGAGAAGCAGCCAGAAGGCGAGCACCAAGUAUCAGGGUGGACCCCUGUCCACGUCAGGAAGCAGCUGGCCAUCGGUGUUAAUGAGGUCACCAGAGCUCUGGAGAGGAGCGAGCUGCUCUUAGUCCUGGUGUGCAAGUCAGUGCAGCCUGCCAUCAUCACCUCCCACCUGAUUCAGUUAAGCGUGAGCAGAACCGUUCCUGCCUGCCAGGUUCCCCGGCUCAGUGAGAGGGUUGCCCCUGUCAUCGGCUUAAAAUGUGUCCUGGCUUUGGGUUUCAAAAAGAACACCACUGCCUUUGUGGAUGAGGUAGAAGCUAUAAUUCCCAGAGUGCCCAGAUUAAAUGUAGCGUGGCUUCAAGACAGCCUCGAAGCCUCCAGGGACAACUUAGAGCCUGAAUCUUUGGAAAGUCAAGACAAAGAGCUUUUGGAAACUUCCUUUGAAGACGUCUCUAAAUGUAAGAGAAAGCCUGUUGAAGGACAGCAGGCUGUGGUGUUACAACCGCUUAAGAUAAAGAAACUGAUUCCAAACCCCAAUAAGAUAAGGAAACCCCCCAAGAGUAAAAAAAGACUUCAAAGUAAUCCCGUUUAAACUUGACAUUUCUUACAGUUGUAAAAUGAGACCUUGUGAAAGAACCUCGAAACUAUUAAAAUGAGUUACUUUUACACA